AUGUCUGAGCACGAAGCUCAAGCACUCGUUGCCAAAGCUGAUAAGAAAGCCGCCUCUCUUGGGUGGUUCGGCGGAAAUAAGUUUGAGGAGGCUUCAGAGUUGUAUAAUAAGGCAGCUAAUGCAUUUAAAUUGGGUAAACGAUGGAAAGAAGCAGGCGACGCAUUUAUGAAAUCAGCUCAGAUGCAAAUACAACUUAAUGAACGGGAUGAAGCUGCUAUGACUUACAUUGCAGCUUCAAAGUGCUAUAAGAAAGGAUGCCCUGAAGAGUCGAUAAUGGCGUUAAAAUCAGCGAUCGAGAUUCUUACUGAUCGUGGACGGUUUCAUAGUGCUGCUGGUCAUCAGAAAGAGAUUGCUCAGAUAUAUGAAUCUGAACUGAUUGAUCUAGAUAGGGCAAUGCAAGCAUAUGAAUUAGCUGCAGAUUGGUAUGCUGCCGAGGAAGCCACAGCACUGGCCAAUAAUUGCCUCGUGAAAGUUGCACAUUUUGCCGCUACUCUAGAACAAUACGAUAAAGCUAUCGAGAAGUUUGAGCAAGUUGCUACAGCAAGCAUUGAUAAUCAAUUGACGAAAUGGUCAGUGAGGGAUUAUUUCUUGAAGGCAGGACUGUGUCACAUUGCCAAUGGAGAUGUUAUCGGUGCACAAAGAGCCCUUAAUAGAUACAUUGAAAUGGACUAUAGUUUCAGUCAAGAGAUGCAAUGCAUAUUCUUAAAGGAUAUCUUAACUGCCGUCGAGAGCCAAGAUCCUGAUUUCUUGACCCAAAAAGUCAAAGAAUACGAUUUGCGAAAACACUUGGAUAAUUGGAUGACUACAAUUCUGCUCAGGAUUAAGAAUAGCUUAUCUGCAGAACCGCUAUUAACUUAA